CGUACUCCUUCGCCAUGGGACGGUGUAAGAACAUCGGAUAAAUUUAGCCCCGUAUGUCCGCAACGAUUACCGAAUAUAAUGAACGAAACAGCAGCGUUAGAGAAAAUGCCAAAAGGCCGACUAGAAUACUUAAAACGACUACUACCAUUUCUGCAAAAUCAAUCGGAAGAUUGUCUAUACUUAAAUGUAUUUGCUCCGGUUCACGCGGCGACUGCUGAAAAAAAGCUUGCAGUCAUCGUAUUCUUACAUGGCGAAUCGUUUGAAUGGAAUAGUGGCAAUCCAUUUGAUGGCACAGUGUUAGCGAGCUACGGUGAAAUGGUCGUUGUGACACUAAACUAUCGAUUAGGAUUAUUAGGAUUUUUAAAUGCUAACCCGAGUCCGCAAUUACGUGCUCGUGUCGCAAACUAUGGCCUUAUGGACCAGAUGGCAGCACUCCAUUGGGUUCAACAAAAUAUUUUAAAAUUCGGAGGUGAUCCCAAUAUGGUGACACUGGCCGGUCAUGGAAGUGGGGCCGCCUGCAUAAAUUUUCUUAUGACAUCACCAACAAUGGUGCCAGGCCUGUUCCAUCGUGCUAUUUUACUAUCUGGAUCGGCAUUCUCGUCGUGGGCGUUAGUGGACGAUCCGGUUGUUUAUGCAUUAAAAUUGGCCAAAGAGGUGAACUGUUCGAUACCAGAAGAUCUGAUCAAAAAUCACGAGGAACUGGUUGAUUGUUUGAGAAAUGCUCCGCUGGAAGAUUUGUAUGCGGCUGAUAUUCAGUCACCCAACUUUUUGACGGCUUUCGGACCAUCGGUCGAUGGUGUGGUCAUUCGAACUGGAUUGUCUAAUGAAGAUCCAGACGAGUCACCGAUUCGUAGUCAAUCGAAACGAUCUCAAGACGCUUCCGGUCGUUACGAUUUAUUGUUCGGUGUUGUAACGGGUGAAGCAUUAUGGAGAUUCAGCGCUCACGAUAUACAGAACGGAUUCGAGGGAGAGCGACGAGAUAAAAUCAUACGCACAUACGUGCGUAACGCCUAUACGUAUCAUUUAAGUGAAAUUUUUUACACAGUAGUUAACGAGUACACAGAUUGGGAACGUACAUCACAACAUCCAAUCAAUACUAGAGAUGCGUCAGUUGCUGCGCUCUCUGAUGCUCAAUUUGUUGCUCCUUUAGUUCAUACAGGUGAUUUGCUGGCACCACCGCCAGCACUGCCUGGCCAAGAAAAGACUGGACCAAAAUGCUUUUUUUAUGUUUUUGAUUAUCAAACGAAAGACGGAGAUUAUCCGCAGAGAAUGGGUACCGUCCAUGGUGAGGAUUUACCCUAUGUAUUCGGUGCACCAUUGGUCGACGGCUUCAGUCACUUCCCGCGAAACUAUACCAAAUCAGAAGUGGCAUUAUCCGAAGCUCUGAUGAUUUUUUGGAGCAAUUUUGCUAGAACGGGAAAUCCGAAUGAACAUCACAGACAGGAUCAGGUGCUCGUUGCAUCGAAGGAACGCAAUCGUUUUCGUAGCAUCGUUUGGGACGAGUACGAUCCUGUUCAUCAGAAGUAUCUGGAAAUCGGGAUGAAACCUCGCAUGAAAAAUCAUUUCCGUGCCCAUCAGUUGUCAAUAUGGUUACGAUUGAUUCCGGAAUUACAUCGAGCCGGUAUGGAGGAUGUCAUUGCUAGACAUAAUUUAUUCAAAAAUCACGACGAUAUGGAUUUGUACGAUGGUCCAGUGAAACCGGAUUCAUUGUCAAGAUUGUCGUUUUUGGAGGAAACAUUCAAAAGACGAGGAAAUGGAAGCGAAUUUGCAAUUUACAAUGGCAUAACAACAGUAGAACCAUUGCCUUCAACAACGUGCACCCCAUAUAACUACAGUGCAUUUGUCCCAACUACAGUCACCAAUGCUACCACAGAUACAUUGGCUGGCUACGAAGCCGCCGGUUAUGCAGCAUAUUCAACAGCCCUAAGCGUAACCAUUGCUAUUGGAUGCAGUCUGCUGAUAUUGAACGUACUAAUAUUUGCUGGAGUGUAUUAUCAGCGAGACAAAACCCGUCUUGAAGUGAAGAGUUUGCAAAAGCAGUACCAACAGCGUGGCAUGCAUCAACAAGGCCCAUACGAUCCAAUCAAACAUGCCCAUUACCAUUUGGGACAUUCGCAGAGUGCUAAUGUAAUUGUUGACGUUGAGAAUCAUGACACGGGUACGCUGCUGCUGUCGAAUGACGUGAAAUCACCGCACAUCUGUUCGAAUACAAUGCAAAUAAACACGUCUAGCUGUAUGACCACAAAGGUGCCAUUGAACGAUAGCGGAACGUAUGGUACGAAAAAUCGGGAUCAUGUACCAAUGAAAAACGCACAAACGUUCAGCCGAAGCAAUACAGCGUACAAUACGAGUGGAAUGAUGACGUUACCGAAACAAGGCCAUCAUCCAAUUAAUUAUCGAAAUGAUUGUGUGACACUGCCACGGAAUAUAAAUUCAACGAAUUUGAAUACUUCAUCUGGAAAUACAGAGGCUCAACAAAGUAAACUCCAGCCUAACGGUAAUGUAAUUGGCGUCCAUAGCAUCAGCACUAAAAUACCACCACGACCACCGAUACGUAGUACUAGCCCACCCGAACAGCAACCUCUUUUAACUACUCAACAGCAACUACAGAAUAAUCAGCAGCAGCAGCAUCAUCAUAAUCAUCAGUUGUCCCAACAACAACAUCUAGAAAACCAUAGCGCACAAGCGAUCAAAGGUACUACAAUGUCACAGGUGCCUCAAGCUGCCAUGAACGAGAUGAGAGUUUGAUAGGAUUAAGGUAUUUGUGAAAUGGAAAUUUUAUUCGAAACGUAAAUUUUGCGAAAAGAAAAACAUUUUGCGGACGGUAGCUACAUACACACGCAGAAUACGAUUUAUUUAGCUGAACAAAAAAAACUGAAUUGAAGCAGAGAAAGGAAAAUGGUCUGAAAGGAAUUUGUUUUAAUUUAAACGCGAGUUUACGUUGCGGCUCAAACCAUUAAACCAUUUAGUAAACGAUUUCGUAUUGUUUUUCCCCUUUAUGCUCAAAGUUAUGCGGAAACACAUAUGAGUUGAAUUGUGAAUUGCACUUCUGCUUUUUGCGUUUGAAAUCAAACUGUUGGAACUUAUGAAGUAUUUAAAUAGAGUUUUAAAUGUUAUUUAUACCUGUGAUGCCGUCGAGUGGUUCUUGAAAUUGCUUUUGAACUACAACUUAUUUAUGAUAUUUCAUCAAUUACAUGUUACAGUUUCACGGCUACACUGAUAAAAAUUUGUUUACAUCAAUUUGAUAAAGGUCAGAUUUCGGUUGGCUCUCUUAUGACAGUAUAAGAUCAUCUUCUGGGACGCAUACAGCAAUUGUUUUUCGUUAAGUGACAGCUGUCAAAGUUCACUAUCUAUCUCUCUCCUCUACCCAUCUAUGUGAUAUAGGUAUCUUUGUUACAACUGUCAAAAAUUCGCUAGUGAAUGUUGACGAAUAACUUCUGUACGUGUUCCAAGUAUACGUAUACGUCAAUGUCCCGUAGCUUCGUGUAGUAUAUUUCGCAACGAAAUUUUCGUUAAACAACAACG